CAGCCUAAAUUCAAUCUACAGUUACGUCUAAUUGUACAGUACUGCAAGUGUACAUAGUAUUAUACAUACACAUACUAUUCGGUUCGGCUUCUACACAUAUACAUAUGUUCCAAAGUUUUAUUCAUUGAUUUUUCUUAAGCGAUUGUGUGUGAAUUAUCGAAGAUGUGUGAAUGUUCGAUAGAAAAUAUAUGUACAGGGUGCAACUGAUGAUACAAUUGGAAAGCAGAUGGAAAAAGGGAGUUUAGAAAACUUGUCCGAUUUCAACUUAUUCUUUCUUCACACUGAAUCGUCAUUUUAUGACUGUACUCUGGUACAGCUACAAGACAUUUAGUGUAUUAUCUUCCUUAAUAAUUUUUGUUCUCAUUUUCUAGUUUUAACAAGCGAUAAAUCAAAUCUAGCAUUUCUAACAGUAAAUCUUUAAUUUUUUUAUGAAUGAAAUGAAACAGUGAAGGAGGAGUAUAAGUCAUAAGGAACUGAGCAGGAUAAUUAAGACAAUUAAGAAUAAUUUUACAGUAUUAUUUACGUGAUCCUUGCGUGAUACUUACAUCAAGUAAUAGCGAACGUUGAUAUUAUUUGUAAUGUGGGUACUUAACGUACAGCUUACGAUCCGAGUGGGUGUACAGGGUGUACAGAAAUGUUAGGCGUACUCUACAUCUUCGGAUCUAUGAAGAUAAAAAACAGUUUUCGCAAAAUUGUCCUGGGCCUUACAUUUCAUGGUCAAACAUUUUUUUAUUACAUUGUGUUCUACGCGUUGUGGAAAUAAAAAGUCAAUUCUUCCACAGUUCUUCUAUCCCCAUGACGCGUACAAUACAAUGCAAUAGAAAAAAAACUGUUGACCAUGAAACUUAAGGUCAAGAACAAUUUUUCAGUAACAUUUUUUAUAGAUCUUCACCGAUCCGAUAAUGUAAAACACGCUUAUGACUACCAAGACCAAACAUUUCUUGACACUCUGUUCAAGAAAGUCGAGCGUACUAAAAAAGAUUAUUUGUGAUACAAAUAUUGUAAUAUUUCGUUCAUUUAUGUGAUAAUCGUCUCUAUUUAACUAUAAAUGCAGGGAUACAUUUUCAGUAUCGAAGAGAGAUUAGUAAAGAAGGAGAAAAAGAAGGAGCUACCAGAAGCGUUUUCCGUCUCCUAGAUGAGCAAUAUUUUUCCACUACGUUAGAGCAAACGUUUGACCCCUUUAUUUGGCAAACCAUAAAUCUACCACAAAUCCAAUGAUUACUUUACUUUCAAACAAAUUAAUUUUUCUAUAGAUUGUCUGUUUAAAACGAUAUAUCGAGCUUUUAAAUUGCCGAAUAAAGGGUUCGUAUUAGCAUUACCGAUUACCGUUUUGUCAAUUACUUCGGAAUCUGCCUUAAACGAGAAAAGGGUAGCUAAAUAAAAGAUAUCAGUAUAAUUAGACCUUGAUAGUUAAUAUCUAGAAAUGUCAUAUCGAAUACAAAAAGAUCCAGAUACGUCAAUCUUGGACUCCGCUCCAAUUGCUAUUUGUUCACGUAUAAACGAAAGACAAUAAUGAUAUGAAAUAUGGAAGAAAAAUAUUUCAUCCAAGUUAACUAUUGCUUUCAAUAAACAGUAUCGUUUUUAAUAUAACAGCAUCAGUAAAAAAAUUAUCCACGAAAUUAUUUUGUUCGAUCCCUUAGAUUAUUAAGAUUAUACUCAUAUUGGAAUUAAAAUAUUUUAGAUUCAAUAGAAAUAAUCAUAGUGUUUCCUGAAUUUAAAAAGAUCAGCAAAAUUAGCAUACUUUUCUCGUUAUCUGCAUAUUUUUGACGAUAUUUCAACUAGUUUUAAGUUUAAACACAAAUGGACAAUAAAAUUACUUUCAUCGAUAGAAUCGUGUUCUAUUCAUUAACACUUGAUUUUCUCUUCCUUUUUGUAAGCUGCUUAAAUUGUGAAUAUACAUUAGAAUUUGAUAUCUACAUUUUUUAAUGAUGUCAGUUCGUGAUUCCGACCAAUAAAAAUUUGGAGCAAAUUUUUUUUGCUCAUUACAUAUCUAUUACUAAACUAAACUUUCUGAUGUCCCAUAUAGUAUGUAUGUAUGUAUGUAUGUAUGUACACACACACGUUUAUAUAUGUAUAUAAACACAAAAACACAUAUCGAAUCAGCUGUUUCUGUUUCGUUCGUCCCAUUUAUUGUCCGUCAGAUCAAGACCUAAAAUCUUUGAUUCGGAUAAGUAGGAGAAUCGAGUUCGACGCUUUUAUCGUGACAAGAGUACUCAAGUAAUUGCGCGUAUGCAUAAAAUCGAUGUAAAAACGUAACUUUCGAACUGUAGUCUCGAUGAAACGGCUGUUUAGGAGUGCGUCUAACCUUUCGCAGCCACUAGGCUGCCCGAGCAACCAUGUAAACCAUCGAAAACACACAAAUGUAUAAUUCAAACCGAUCGUACGAAAGUGCACUCACGUUAUUUUUUGUGAAAUAUCGGAGCACUUUCAUUUAUUCCUCUCGUACAUUCGCCGAUACAGAUUUCUACAGACUCCAGUUGAUACAGCAUAAUCAAAAAGUGACAGUACCAGUCCUCAGUGUCAAUUUUACUAUUAACUAUAAUACAGUACGAUGACUGCAAGAUCGAGAAAUAUAGCUACCAGAUUUCACCCCAUUCACGGGGAAAAUAUUAUGCUCCUCGAGGAUAAUACUGUGGCCUAUCGUACAGCCAGUUUUGCAGACUCCUUAGCAUUUAGUGAAAAGCCACUGCAGCCAGGUGAAAUAUUCUUGGUGGAAAUUGAGAAGACUGAAAGAGGAUGGAGCGGAGAUAUGAGAAUAGGUCUCACCCUCAUAGAUCCAGCCUGUGAAGACAAUAGUCUACCACAUUUCGCUAUGCCUAAUCUCUCAGAAUUGGGUAAUACAUGGAUAUUUGCUAUUACCAAGAGUCAUACUAUAUGGGAAAGUUUUGGCAUAGGUUACGGUGAAGGAAUAAAAUCAAGAGAAAAGAAAUUGAUCACUGAUGGUGUACACGUGCAAACUUCUCGCGGAAUUAUUCCUUUUAAUGCUCUCCGAGCAAAUACAAUACAUACUUCUCCAAGCAUUCUACCUACAGAUGCUGGUAGUCGUAUUGGAAUUAUGUAUGUGCCGCAGGCUGGUUCUGACAAGGCAGAAAUGCACUUUAUAAUUAAUGGUGAAGAUCAGGGUGUAUGUGGAAAAGACAUACCCUAUAAGGCAGGGCCUUUACGUGCUGUAGUAGACGUUUAUGGUACUACAAAACAAGUCAGAAUAGUUCAAUUAUACGGAGUAUCCACGCUACAAAGUGCCUGCCGUGACGCCAUAUUGCAAUAUACUAAAAAGAACGCAGUCGACUCGCUUCCACUUCCACGGCUUCUAAAAAAUUAUCUGCUCUAUCAAUCGCAGUGAAAUUCUGCCACUUCGUAUUGCUCUACCGUAUCUUCUUCAUCUACUUUAGCAACAGGCAUUUCAAUAAUUCCGUAAUCUCUUCAUAUCGGAUAUUUUCUGUGACUCUCAAUAAGUUUAAAAUGCACAUCGUCGCAUCGAAUUGUUCUUUAGAAAUAAGAAUAGACAAGCCAGGCAGGUCUCUCAUCUCUUUUUUACCUACGGUAAAUGUAAUUUGCGUGAAUGUUGAACUGAGACGUGUAUAUAAUUUAAGAAGUUCGACAGACUACUGAACACAUUUUUUAUCCUUACAUUUAGCACUUAUUAGCAACUGCACUUUUAGAAAUUGACAAUUUUAUCAUUCGCUACACUUGUCUACAUCGUCAUUAUGCCGCGUAUAAAUAGGUGUAUGUAAAAUCUCAUUUAAAAUAAUUUUCAUGCAGUACUUUUAAUGUAUAACAUUCUUUUUUUAUUGGUACACCCUACUGUGUAAGCAAGAUUUUAAAUUGAACGUGACCAAUUCAGACUAUUGUUAACACUGACGAAAAUGGACUCGAAUAAAUGUAUUUAUAAGAAAA